CCGAGAGGUUUGUGCAAGAAGAUGGACGUGUUCACGAUGGAACGGUCGAAACUGAGGGACAUUACGCCGAACAAACAUUUGAAAAUUAGCUUGUCGAUGAUUUACUAUAUGGGCAUGUGGCCCGUGGGAGUGAAAUAUCAAUGCUUGUACGGUCUGUACACGGUCUUCAGCUUCCUCUUUAUGUUAGGAAUUUUACUUGCCGCCGAAAUUGCCUAUCUCGUCGUGUGUUGGGGGGACAUGGCAAAAUUAAUCGCAGGUGCAGCAAUGCUAAUGACAAAUGUUACACACGCUUGCAAGGUGAUAUUUAUUCUUUGCCGCCAUAAACGUAUCGAAAAUCUAAUAGACACAACGAAAAGCAAAAUGUUUAGCCGCGAUAACGUGAAAUACAGUCACAUUGUGACGCAUUACACUUGGAAGGGAAUCUUUCAUCACAUUGCCUAUCAGAGCUUCGGUGGAAUGGCUGUAUUAUGUUGGGGCAUUACACCGUUCGCCGAUUUACUCGCCGGGAGAACUAAAAAAUUGCCAAUAGAAGGAUGGUACCCCUUUAACGUAACGAUUACACCAGCCUUCGAGAUUACUUGUUUACAUCAAGCCGUGGCGGUCAUUAUCUGUUGCUUCAACAAUGUGGCGAUAGAUACUUUGAUAACGGGCUUAAUCACAAUCGCUUGUUGCCAGUUAACAGUUUUAAACCGGAACAUUACUUUGAUAAACAGCGAGACGAAGAAGUUAAUCGCGCCGAGAGAUACCAUUGAUAAACAAAAAUUCACGGAGCAGACUAGCGACAAAUCGUACGAGGAUUUGAAGCUUUGCGUCGAACACAGUAACAUGAUAUUUAACUUCUCAAAAGAAAUCCAGAGUAUAUUCGGUACCGUGAUAUUCCUUCAAUUUUUAGUAAAUUGUAUUAUCAUCUGUUUAAUAGCAUUCAAUAUAACGCAGAUGAAAGUUUAUAUUCCAUCUGUACUUUUCGGUAUGGUAAUGUAUAUGUGCUGUAUGACGUAUCAAAUCUUUAUAUACACCUGGCACGGCAACGAAUUGUAUCUUCACAGCGCAAAUGUUAUUUUUGCCGCCUAUUCGAACGAGUGGUGGCACAAUACUAAGAACUUCAAACAAGCCAUACAGAUCAUAAUGAUAAGGGCCCAACAACCCCUUAUUUUAAGCGCUGGAAAUAUCAUGGAGUUGUCCGUGCAAACUUUUGUCCGUAUCUUGCGCAUGUCGUAUUCCAUUUUCACGGUUUUGCAAACAUCCACGGACAUGUGAACACUCGUUC